UCUUGGACGACCACACCUCUGGUCCACAAGAAAAAGCAUCCCUAUUCUUAACCCCCCUCUUCGGGGUGGAGCCUGCAAACCGCCGCGUAUGCGAUGUGAUCGGCUUACUCCUUUCCUCCAGAGUAAGCCCAGUAGUUGCAGGAGGGAACGGGGCUCUCUUCGGCGCCUGGCUUCCGAUUCCUCCUAGCCGCCCGGCAGGCGCGAUUCUCUACCGGCUGCUGCUGUUGCCGCCGCCGCCGCUGCUGCCGCCCCUUUAAGGACGCCUGCUUGCCACUCCGCGCCGUAGAUGGGCCAGGCUUGGGAGGCGGGGAUUCGCUAGAGCAGCCCCGAGAGCGCUUCACCUGCCGCUCAGACCGGCUGCGAGGAAUUAAGAGGGGGAAAACGAGGAGGAGCAGCUGCCGCCGCCGCCGCCGAGGUAGCGGCUGCGAAGAGUUGGCGGCUCUGAGGGACGCGCCGGAAAAGGAAGGGGAUCAAAAGGCACCGUCAAGCAGGGUAGAGCAGAGUAGAGCAGAGCAGGGUUUGCAAGCUUGGGGUUGUCCUGCUCGGGCUGAGCCAAGCGGCGGCAGUGGCUGCAGCAGGCGGCGGCGAGGAAAGGAGAGAGACGACCCCGGCUCGGGAUCAGCGGAGAUGCUGAUGGGCUCGGAGAUGCUACUUCUCUGGCUCUUUUGCUGCGGGGGCUCGGCGAGGGCGCACAAUGGGGAUCUUACAGUCAGGCCCACCUGCAAACCAGGCUUCUCGGAAGAUGAUUACACAGCACUGGUUUCCCAAAACAUCGUGGAAGGCCAGAAGUUACUCAAAGUGAAAUUCAGCGGCUGCUCAGAGAGCAAGGGAAUUCAAUACGAAACUGACAAUUUGGACUUCAAGGUGAGGACCGAUGGAACUAUCUACGCCACCCAACAGGUGCAAAUCCCCUCGGAGCAGACAAUAUUUAUGGUGACGGCAUGGGACCACCAGGCCCUAGAAAGAUGGGAAACAAUGGUCAGGUUACUGGUGGGAGAGAACUCACAACACAAGGGACACAAGCAGAAAGGAAAGAAGAACAUGUCAGCAGACCUCCUACAACAGCCGAGUGACACUCUGCUGCCCUGGCGCCAUCAGCAGAAUUCUCACGGGCUGAGGCGGCAGAAGCGAGACUGGGUCAUCCCACCAAUCAAUGUGCCAGAAAAUUCGAGAGGACCCUUCCCACAGCAGCUGGUUAGGAUUCGUUCAGAUAAGGACAGUGAGAUCCAUAUAAGAUAUAGCAUCACAGGAGUGGGAGCCGACCAGCCACCUAUGGAAGUCUUCAACAUUGACCCCGUGUCAGGGAGAAUGUACGUGACUCGCCCGAUGGAUAGAGAAGAAAGAGCAUCCUACCAUCUUAGAGCACACGCAGUGGAUAUGAAUGGAAACAAAGUGGAGAACCCAAUUGACCUCUACAUCUAUGUUAUUGACAUGAAUGACAACAGGCCGGAGUUCAUAAACCAAGUCUAUAAUGGAUCUGUUGAUGAAGGAUCUAAACCAGGAACCUACGUGAUGACAGUGACGGCCAAUGAUGCAGACGACAGUACAACAGCCAACGGGAUGGUGAGGUACCGGAUUGUGACCCAAACCCCACAAAGCCCAUCACAGAACAUGUUCACCAUUAACAGUGAGACGGGAGACAUUGUCACAGUGGCUGCUGGACUUGACAGAGAGAAAGUUCAGCAGUACACAGUCAUCGUUCAGGCCACAGAUAUGGAAGGAAAUCUUAACUACGGUCUCUCAAACACAGCGACGGCAAUCAUUAUGGUGACAGAUGUGAAUGACAACCCACCCGAAUUCACUGCCAGCACCUACUCCGGUGAAGUCCCAGAAAACCGAGUGGAAGUAGUGGUUGCUAAUUUGACAGUCAUGGACCGAGAUCAGCCUCACUCACCCAACUGGAAUGCGGUUUACCGGAUUAUCAGUGGAGAUCCUUCCGGUCACUUCACCAUCAGGACAGACCCUGUUACCAAUGAAGGCUUGGUAACAGUUGUGAGGGAAGUUGACUAUGAGAUGAACAGAGCUUUUAUGCUGACGGUGAUGGUGUCCAACCAAGCUCCCCUAGCCAGCGGCAUCCAGAUGUCUUUCCAGUCCACAGCUGGGGUUACCAUUUCAGUCACCGAUGUCAAUGAGCCACCCUACUUCCCCACAAACCACAAGCUCAUCAGGCUGGAGGAAGGAGUGCCUACCGGGACAGCAUUAAUGACCUUUUCAGCUGUGGAUCCUGACCGGUUCAUGCAGCAGGCUGUAAGAUACUCCAAACUGUCAGAUCCUGCAAACUGGCUGAACAUUAAUGCCACAAAUGGUCAGAUCACCACUGCCGCCAUCCUUGAUCGUGAGUCAGCCUAUAUUAAGAACAACGUCUACGAGGCCACGUUCCUAGCAGCUGACAAUGGUAUCCCCUCAGCCAGUGGCACUGGCACACUCCAGAUCUAUCUAAUUGACAUCAACGAUAAUGCUCCUGAGCUUCAGCCAAAGGAGGCACAGAUCUGUGAAAAGCCAAACCUGAAUGUCAUCAACAUCACAGCCGCUGACGCUGACAUCGAUCCAAACGUCGGGCCCUUUGUCUUUGAGCUGCCAAGUGAGCCAUCUGCUAUCAGGAAGAACUGGACCAUUACGCGGCUAAAUGGUGACUAUGCCCAACUCAGUUUACGAAUAAUGUACUUGGAAGCUGGCGUCUAUGAUGUUCCAGUCAUUGUAACAGAUUCUGGAAACCCUCCUCGGUUUAACACGUCCGUCAUUAAGGUCAAGGUGUGUCCAUGUGACGAGAAUGGAGACUGCACCACCAUAGGAGCUGUUGCUGCAGCGGGGCUGGGAACUGGAGCCAUCAUUGCCAUUUUGAUAUGUAUCAUCAUUUUACUAACCAUGGUUUUGCUGUUUGUGGUAUGGAUGAAGCGUAGAGAAAAGGAGCGUCACACAAAGCAGCUUCUCAUUGACCCAGAGGAUGAUGUCCGGGAUAACAUACUGAAGUACGAUGAGGAAGGAGGUGGAGAAGAAGACCAGGAUUAUGAUUUAAGUCAACUUCAGCAGCCAGAGAGUAUGGAUCACGUUUUGAACAAGGCAAAUGGAGUCAGACGGGUUGAUGAGAGACCGAUUGGCGCAGAGCCCCAGUAUCCUAUAAGACCUGUAAUCCCCCAUCCUGGUGACAUUGGGGAUUUUAUUAAUGAGGGCUUAAGAGCAGCAGAUAAUGACCCAACAGCCCCGCCGUAUGACUCCCUUCUUGUCUUUGACUAUGAGGGCAGUGGCUCAACCGCAGGGUCCGUCAGCUCACUUAACUCCUCGAGCUCCGGAGACCAAGAUUAUGACUACCUUAACGACUGGGGGCCAAGGUUCAAGAAACUGGCGGACAUGUAUGGGGGAGGCGAAGAUGACUAAACUGACCUCACUUCAUUGUUUUGCAAAAAGAGGAAAACUAUAGCAUUAGAAAGAUGAUGAUGAAGAAGAAGAAGUAAAAAAGAAACCCAGUGUUGAAGAAGAAAGGAGUGAAAAACAAAAGAAGCAAGAACUGUACAGAUGUGGCAGCUUUUUUUAAAUUAAUAUCCCCUGCUGACUGUAUUGCUUUCAGUGGUGAUUUAGAAAGUUUCUUUUUCUGUUAUUUUUUUCCCUUUAUUUCUCUUUUUUCCUUUUUUUAAAAGAAUAUCGAGCUGUCUAGCAUGAACACUCAUCUCUGCUGCAGUUGUGUGUGGUUUUUUUUUUUUAAAAGUGAUUUUUUUUCCCAAUGUGUCAGCAGGGAUAUCGCUUGUUCUAUCCACUUUAUGACUAAAGGGAGUGAAAGGCACCCUGUCUUAACUUGAAUUUCUUAGAACAGAAGCACUGUUUUUAAAAUAUAUAUAUAGAUAUAUAUAUUUGAAAGUGCCUUUUGGUACACGUAUCAGAUUCCCUCAAUCUCAGGAGUGUUCAAAAGAAACAAACAAAAAUUUACGUUUCCACCAUCUUGGACACCACACUCUAUGACCCUAAGCCAGUUCUAGCUGGGAAGGAAUUAACAAAAACAACCCCAACGAACAGGAACUUUGGAAUGGUUUCUUUGGGGAGCCUUUUUUUUUUCCUAAAAAAAAUUAUGGGCAAGUUCUUUGCAGGGGGGAGGGACUAAAGAAACAAAAUGCUUUGAAUAAAACAAAACAAACAAUCUAAACUGCUAUCUUUCGGCCUAAAGCUGAUGGUGAACUGAGUAAACCUGUUGUAUAUAUAAUUCACUGUUUAGCCAAUGCAAAAUACCGACCUGGGUUUUCUCUUGUGGCCUGGUCACAUGUGAUGUAGCUUCCUAGAACUAUAGCAUUGGUGAGCCUUUGGUGAGUACAAUGCAAAAGAUCUUGCAUAAGCCCAACAGUAAAUGAUGACAAGACCAAAGGCUGCUUGUGUAAGAGAGCUGUUUUUCUUCCUUUUCUGUUCUUUUUUUGUUAAAGCUCCCUCCCUCCACCUCCUGAGUCCCAUCCACCGUGGUUAGGUUGUGCGUUUCUAUCAGAUGUCAAUCAUAAAGAACUGAAUGUGGAAUUCUGAAUGAAUGUUAGGAAUACAGAGCUAUGGGCAACUGAAGAAAUGGUUUUAAGGAGGCUGUGCAAGCUCUAUCAUGGGGGGGGCUGUUGCACCAUAUAUUUAAAGCAGUAUCAUACCACUUUAAACAGUCA